GUUGCGACUGCCCUCGUUCUGCUCCUGGGAGUAGGAGCUAUGGAUUGAUUCCCUUCGAGAUCGAAGGAACUAUAUUCAUCUGUUUCAGUCGCGCCGAUCGCGUAAGAAUCUAGCGAGCGCCCUCACAACUUGCCAACCUUUUCCAGAGCUGCGAUCUUCAGUAAGACGCUGGGGCUAUAUGUACGCCGGGUGAAUUCCAUGGCUGAAUCUCAAGCUGCGGGCUCCGAUGCAGGCAUGUGGAGAGCGCUCUUUAGUACCCCGAGUACGGCCAUAAAUCUCGCCUCGUUCCUGGCCAACUGCCUGCUGGUGUAUUUACACCAGACAAUGAAACUAAGCCGCGGGUGGUCGAGACUUCCAGCCCCAGCCGUCGCCGGCUAGUAACUAAUCUCAGCAAUGUUCG